UUUUUGCCUCUGCCCUUCAUGCCUGCAAGCCGCAUCCAGGGAAGGGAUUUUCUGUCUGAGCAUGAAAAGGACUGCUAGAGCCCCAGUAUUUCCACGCCUGCAUCCUCAGCACAGCACCCAGUAUGCGAGCUGGACACAGAAGCUCUCUCACAAGUUCCUACCGAGCCGAAUAAAAGCCACGGGCGAGCCGAUCUCCGCCGAAGAGGAACAUUAACAUCAGGACUCCACAGAAUGGAGCAAGAAUGAGAGGAAAAAGGCAGACAGAAAAGCAUGAACUGGAGGCUUGUUGAGUUCCUCUACUUCCUGUUUAUAUGGGACCAUAUAAUAAUACAGCCCUCCCACCAGGAACCAGCUGUUACCAACCAACAUGUCUCCAAGGAAUUUGAUUGGCUUAUUUCAGACAGGGGGCCUUUCCACCACUCGCGGAGCUACUUAUCCUUUGUGGAAAGACAUCGUCAAGGAUUUACAACCAGAUAUAAAAUAUACAGGGAGUUUGCCCGUUGGAAGGUGAGGAACACAGCCAUUGAACGGAGAGACCUACUCCGCAAUCCAGUGCCCCUGAUGCCUGAAUUUCAAAGGAGCAUCCGCCUGCUGGGCAGGAGACCCACCACGCAGCAGUUCAUUGAUACUAUCAUCAAAAAGUACGGCACCCACAUCCUCAUCUCUGCUACCCUGGGAGGAGAGGAGGCAUUGACCAUGUACAUGGACAAAAGCCGACUUGACAGGAAGUCAGGGAAUGCAACUCAGAGUGUUGAAGCCCUGCACCAGCUUGCUUCCUCCUACUUUGUAGACCGUGAUGGCACCAUGAGGAGACUCCAUGAGAUCCAGAUCUCUACCGGAGCAAUCAAAGUAACAGAAACUCGGACUGGCCCCCUGGGCUGUAACAGCUAUGACAAUCUGGACUCUGUGAGUUCUGUCCUUCUGCAAAGCACUGAGAGCAAACUUCAUCUGCAAGGUCUCCAGAUCAUUUUCCCUCAGUAUUUACAGGAGAAAUUUGUCCAGUCUGCAUUGAGUUACAUCAUGUGCAAUGGAGAGGGAGAGUACGUGUGUCGGAACAGCCAGUGUAGCUGCCAGUGCGCUGAAGAAUUCCCACAAUGCAACUGUCCCAUCACCGACAUUCAGAUCAUGGAGUACACACUGGCAAACAUGGCCAAGUCCUGGACUGAAGCCUAUAAAGAUCUGGAGAAUUCAGAUGAGUUUAAAUCCUUCAUGAAAAGGCUACCUAACAACCAUUUCCUGACCAUCGGGAGCAUCCACCAGCACUGGGGUAAUGACUGGGAUCUUCAGAACCGAUACAAGCUCCUCCAGAGCUCCUUGGAGGCGCAGCGUCAGAAGAUCCAGCGCACUGCCCGCAAACUCUUUGGCCUCAGUGUCCGGUGCCGGCACAACCCUAACCACCAGCUGCCUAGAGAAAGGACGAUACAGGACUGGCUCUCCCGCGUCCAGUCCUUGCUCUAUUGCAAUGAGAAUGGGUUCUGGGGGACCUUCCUGGAGAGCCAACGGAGCUGCGUAUGCCAUGGGGGCACCAGCCUGUGUCAGCGCCCCAUUCCCUGCAUCAUCGGGGGCAACAACAGCUGCGCCAUGUGCAGUCUAGCCAACAUCUCCCUCUGUGGUUCAUGCAACAAGGGCUAUAAGCUUUACAGGGGUCGCUGCGAGCCGCAGAACGUGGACUCGGAGCGCAGCGAGCAGUUCAUCAGCUUUGAGACAGACUUGGACUUCCAGGAUCUGGAGCUGAAAUAUCUGCUGCAGAAAAUGGAUUCCCGGCUGUACGUGCACACCACCUUUAUCAGCAACGAGAUCCGCCUGGACACCUUCUUCGACCCCAGGUGGCGCAAGCGCAUGUCCCUCACCUUGAAGAGCAACAAGAACCGGAUGGACUUCAUCCACAUGGUGAUCGGCAUCUCCAUGCGCAUCUGCCAAAUGCGCAACAGCAGCCUGGACCCUAUGUUCUUUGUCUAUGUCAACCCCUUCAGUGGGAGUCACUCAGAGGGCUGGAACAUGCCUUUUGGGGAGUAUGGCUACCCACGCUGGGAGAAAAUCCGCCUCCAGAACAGCCAGUGCUACAACUGGACCUUGCUCCUGGGCAACCGGUGGAAAACCUUUUUCGAGACUGUCCACAUCUACCUACGCAGCCGGACUCGGCUGCCCUCCCUGCUGCGCAAUGAGACCGGCCAAGGGCCUGUGGACCUCUCGGACCCCACCAAGCGUCAGUUCUACAUCAAGAUCUCAGACGUGCAGGUGUAUGGCUACAGCUUGCGCUUUAAUGCUGACUUGCUGCGCAGUGCCGUACAGCAGGUCAACCAGUCGUACACGCAAGGUGGGCAGUUCUAUUCCUCCUCCUCCGUCAUGCUCUUGCUGCUGGAUAUUCGGGACCGAAUCAAUAGACUGGCGCCUCCCGUGGCACCAGGAAAGCCGCAGCUGGAUCUGUUCUCCUGUAUGCUCAAACACCGCCUGAAACUGACCAACAGCGAGAUCAUCCGUGUGAACCACGCGCUGGAUCUCUACAACACCGAGAUCCUCAAACAGUCGGACCAGAUGACAGCCAAACUCUGCUAACCCGGACUUUUCAGUGGACACAUCAAAUGACUGAUCCUUUUGCUGUACAAAAAAAAAAAAAAAUGGAAAAAAAGAAAGAAAGAAAAAUUAAAGGAAGGAAAGAAAAGAAAAGAAAGACAGAAAGAAAGAAAAGAAAAAAAAGAAAGGGAAAAGAAAAACAAAAUUUGUAACGUGUAAUUAAUAUACAAAAAAAAAGAGGAAAAAAAAAAAGGAAAUUCUUCAUUUGUUGGAAACUAAACCCGUUCUAGCAGCUGUAUAAAACUGUCAGGCAUGUUUGUUAUUUCUAUAAUCCGUCAUAAAAGGGUCACACCUAACUCUCUCUUGACCUUAAGGGUGUUGCUUGUUAGGCCUCAGGUGCGGCAAAAAGAUAUAAAAGGAGGAGCAGAGGGGGACAAAUUUCUGUAAUGAACUGUAAAGAUUUCUGCUAUGCAGGUGCCAAGACAAAGAAAAAAAAAAAGAAUUAUAUGUAAAUGUAAAAGAACUGCCAUUAUUCCUAGUGGGAGUAAAUGGUCAAAGAUAAAAACUAUUUCUUCUGUUGAGAUUUA